AUGACUUUUCUGCGUCAAUGGGCGCCACGUUCGAGAGGCGCUGAGCCGGCAACAAGGCGUGAGGCUCCCGCUGAGGGCACUACGACGAGACACGACGGAACAGGGGAACUGCAGCCGAAGGGUGCUCCUGAAGAGGCGUCCCUGAAGGUCGCGCCCGGCAGGCCGCCACUUCCAAACAAUCCCGAGACAAGCCAGGUGGCAGAACCUGCGGCUUCGCCCGAUUCACCCACCCGUCCGGGCAGCCUGCACGCCCUCCCGGGCUCCCAGUUCCCCCUGCCCGAGAGCCUGCGGGAGAAGUACUCCAACUCCCACCGGUGGCAGACCCACCGGUGGAGGGACAAGCUGGGCCAGUCUCCGGGGGCCACUAGCUCCCACACAGCGCUGGACCCCCAAAAGGAGAAGUCCAGGGGGGUGGGGUGGAGGGCGGGCAGCAGGAAUGGGGACACGAGGCCUGCCAGCGAGCUGGCGCGAGCCCGCCUCGCUGCUGCGGCGGAGAGGAGCGCCGCUGGGCGGCAGGCAGACAGGGCGAGGAGGGCGGAGGCUGCAAAUUCCCAUCACUGCCCAAGGCCUGGGGUGGGUUCAGAAACCGCCGGCUUGCCGCCCUCCGGAGGCAGGGCAGCCAAGGAUGGUGAGGGGAGCCGGCGUGGGGUUGCCUCUGUGAGGAGCAGGGGCCAGGUCCCCCCUACGAUGCCUGACCUGGCCAGCUCUCCUUUCGAUGACCACACGCCGGCGGAGGUGGAGGGCUGGCGGGGUUGGCUGGACAGCGGCAUGAGCGAGUCCUCCAGCACAUGUGGAAACCAGCAUAGGCAGGAUGGGCUGCAGGUGGCACUCAGGUCGCGCUCAGCCUCUCAAGCCACCUCGGAAUCUUCUGUGGGCAGUGAGGAGUCGACCAAGAUCAGUCCCAAUGGCGAAACCUCCUUGGCUUCAGAUGGUCUUUCAUCCAGUGCCACCCCUUUGCCAGAAUUCGAGAAAGUUGACCAGUUUGGGUUUCUCAAGAAAAACGACGGGUCCCCGAGUAUGCCAGUGGUGCGGAACGUCUCGCAGGAGUGCAACCGGUUGAAGAAGUGGAGGCGAAUGGUUGGGGCGGGAGGAGUGGACUGGAAGGUGUACAUUCAGAAGAACCCAAAGACAGUGAAGAAUCGAAUAAGGAAGGGAAUUCCAGAUGCCCUGAGGGGCCUCACCUGGCAGUUGCUCUCAGGUGGCAGGAGUCUGUUGUUGGCCAAUGAGGGUGUUUAUCAUCAACUGAUGUUGUACGAAUCCAGCAUGGAGCAGAUAGAGCUGGAGAUCGUGCGCGAUUUGAAUCGCACGUAUCCGGGGCAUGUUUACUUUCAGCAAAGGCAGGGCCCUGGUCAGAGGUCAUUGUUCAAUGUCCUGAAGGCAUAUUCUGUGUACGAUAAGAAGGUUGGGUAUGUGCAGGGAAUGGGCUUCAUCGCAGGACUGUUGCUUCUGUACAUGUGUGAAGAGGAUGCGUUCUGGACCUUUGUAGCCCUACUCAAGGGGCAAGUUCAUCCCCCAAUGGAGGGCUUGUACACAGACGGCUUCCCUCUCCUGCAGCAGUACUUCUAUCAGUUCGAAUACAUUAUCAAACAGGAAUGCCCACAGAUCGGUGCCCACUUCGAAAAGGAAAACGUUAUGCCAAUCAUGUUUUGCUCCCACUGGUUCAAUACCGUAUUUGCCUACUCCCUCCCCUUUGAGCACCUACUUCGGCUCUGGGACGUUUUCAUGUUCGAGGGCUGGAAGAUAGUAUUCCGGGUUGGGUUGUUGCUGCUGAAGUCGGCUGAAGACCAGCUCCUGUCGAAGUCCUUUGAGGGCAUGAUGGCUAUUCUGAAUUCCAACUCCAAGCAACUCACUGCAGAACAAUUCCCUAUUCUCGGAAGAUCGCCAGACACUUUCAUCAAGGCUUGUUUGAGCAUCAAAGUUUCCAAGUAUCUUGAGCGGUGCAAGGCUGACUAUCUCAAGCAGCAGCAGAACAAGCAACAGGAGCAGCAAUAA